AUGGGUGUCCCUGCUCUUUUCAGAUGGCUUUCCAACAAGUACCCGAAGAUUAUUUCUUCGGUGAUUGAGGAACUGCCUCAGGAAGUGAAUGGAGAGGAGAUUCCGGUCGACACUACGGGCCCGAAUCCUAACGGAGAGGAACUGGACAAUCUCUACCUGGACAUGAAUGGCAUUGUACACCCGUGUACGCAUCCGGAGGGGAGGCCCCCUCCCGCUGAUGAGCAAGAGAUGAUGUUGGAGAUCUUCAAGUACACUGAUCGAGUCGUCAACAUGGUCCGGCCGCGAAAGCUGCUUAUGAUCGCUAUUGAUGGCGUCGCCCCUCGAGCCAAGAUGAACCAGCAGCGUGCUCGUCGGUUCCGCUCCGCCCAGGAAGCUCGAGAGAACGACGAGAAGAAGGAAGAACUUCAGAAAUUGUUGGACCGGCAGCAGACCAAGAAAUCGGGUGAUGAAGUCAUGAGGGAGGAAGUCAUUCAGAAAACAUGGGACUCGAACGUCAUCACACCAGGAACGCCGUUCAUGGACAUACUCGCGGCAUCAUUGCGCUACUGGAUCGCCUACAAGCUGAACACAGACCCGGCGUGGAAAACGAUGAAGGUAAUCAUUUCGGAUGCUACCGUGCCCGGGGAGGGCGAGCACAAGAUCAUGGAGUUUGUGCGCUCGCAACGCGCAUCACCAGAGCAUGACCCCAACACACGUCACGUUAUCUAUGGUCUCGAUGCAGAUCUUAUCAUGCUGGGUCUCGCAACCCAUGAGCCUCACUUCCGCGUUCUGCGUGAGGAUGUAUUCUUCCAAGAAUCGAAGCCCCGUACCUGCAGGCUUUGCGGGCAGGUGGGCCACAAGGCCGAGGAGUGUACCGGCAAAGCGAAGGAGAAAAACGGAGAAUUCGAUGAGAAACAACACGCUUCUCCGUUGAAACCGUUCAUCUGGCUACACGUCUCUGUUCUAAGAGAGUAUCUUGCUGUCGAACUACAGGUUCCUCAACAGCCUUUUCCCUUCGACCUGGAACGUGCUCUUGAUGAUUGGGUCUUCAUGUGUUUCUUCGUCGGAAACGAUUUCUUGCCUCACCUGCCUUCACUAGACAUCCGUGAAAACGGCAUUGAUACACUGAUUGCUAUCUGGCGGGACAAUCUUCCAAGUAUGGGGGGAUAUUUGACUCAAGACGGCCACGUUGACCUAAAGCGUGCUCAGUUGAUCUUGCAAGGUCUGGCCAAGCAAGAGGAUGCUAUCUUCCGCCGCCGCCGGCAAGCAGAAGAGAGGAAAGCAGCCAAUGAGAAAAGGCGCAAAGAGCAGGACCAGGCUCGUAACGAAGAGCGAGCCCAGAAGCGCAGGCGUAGUUCCCCAGUCUACGAUGCGAAACAAAAGGGUUCCAAGGCUGAGCCGGAUGCGGACCCAACAGCUGGAUUGGAGCUCAUUACACCAUCUCGUGCUCACUUGACGAAAGAGGAUAAGGACUUGACUCACAGCAUGAUCGUCAACCGAGGAGCUAUCUAUCGGGCCAAUAUGGAAAAUAAGAGCGCCGCUGCUGUUCUCAAAAGCAAGCUCAUGAAAGGUGUUCCUCUUGAGCCAGCGGUGGAAAGUCAUUCUGGCAGUGUGGAGAUCGAGCAGAAUGGUUCAGAGCCCACAUCUCCCUCCGUCCUCGGCAAGAGAAAGGCUGGAGAAUCUACCGAGCCGAUCGAGCAAGAGCCUGAGGAUGCUGGAACACCUGGUAGGGACUCACCACCUCCACCUGCUCCCAAACCGAAAGAUGAUGGGAUGCCUGUAGACACCGUCAAAAUGUGGGAGCCCGGUUAUGCGGACAGAUACUACGAGCAAAAGUUUGGCGUGGAUCCCCAGGAUCAUGAAUUCCGUCAUAAAGUUGCUCGUGCUUACGCCGAAGGUCUAGCCUGGGUUCUACUCUACUAUUUCCAAGGUUGCCCUUCAUGGGACUGGUACUAUCCCUAUCAUUAUGCUCCCUUCGCGGCCGACUUCGUCGACAUUGCCGAUAUGGUGAUCGAUUUUGAUAAGGGCAAGCCAUUCCGACCCUACGAGCAAUUGAUGGGAGUUUUACCCGCAUCGUCCAACCACGCUUUACCAGAGGUCUUUCAUGAUUUGAUGAGCAAUCCUGAUAGUGAAAUUAUCGACUUCUACCCGGAAGACUUCGCGCUGGAUCUCAACGGCAAGAAAUUCGCCUGGCAAGGCGUGAUCCUUCUUCCUUUCAUUGACGAGAAGCGUCUUCUGGCUGCGAUGGAGAAGAAGUACCCUCUCUUGACAGAUGAGGAACGAAGCAGAAAUACCCACGGACAGGAAGUCCUCUUGCUUUCCGAGCAGCACCCACUUUACCAAGACCUCAUAAGCAACUUUUACUCCAAGAAGCCAGGGCCGCCUGAGUAUCAGCUCAACAUGCGGAUUAGUGACGGUCUGGCAGGACUUGUCGAACGCAACGAAACCUACGUUCCUCAUGGUUCCCUCGUAUCGCCGCUGCAGGAUCAUGGCAUGCCAAGCCUCGACGACGAUCACUCUCUCACUGUCAACUACAAAAUCCCCAAAUCCUCUCACGUCCAUAAAUCCAUGUUGCUUCGAGGUGUCAAAUUCGCUACCCCGAUGCUCAACACUGCUGAUGUUCGUGCCGUUAAGGGCCGCGCACAGAAUUCCGGUCGCUCAUACGGCGGCGCACCUUUCAAUGGGCGCGGCCGUGGUGGCCAGAUGAACUAUUCUUCGGAUCGGCCAAAUCCAUUUGCCGCACACCUUGAUUCACGCUUCGCGAAUGCGCCUCCUGGCGGCAUGCCCCCUAUGCCUUCUGGUUGGGUCCCCCCUGUCCCUGGAGCGGAUCACUCCAGAGGACCACCUGGACCACCUCGUGGCGGGAUGUCGUAUCAGUAUCCCGCGCAGCAAGGAUCCGGUCAAUAUCCCGGCCAUCAGGGUUACUAUUCAGGUAAUCAGGGUUAUCAGGGCUACCAGGGUCAGCAAAAUUCUGAGGGGUAUCAAGGACAGCAGGGAUACUAUGGGGGUCAACAGGAUCGGGGAUAUGGCGGCGGAGGCAAUGGAGGAGGAUACCGUGGUGGCAGAUCUCGAGGCCAGUCUCGGGAUCAAUAUGGUGGUUACCGUGGAGGUGGUGGCGGCGGCAGAGGAGGCCACAACAGAUACUGA